UGACCUCCCUCCCUGUCUGCUCCCUGUCCUUUGGCCAGUGUCUUGGUGGGUGCCCAGCUCCCAGGAGACCCCUCAAGAUGCCAGAGCUGGGGAAGAAAACAGUUUCAGCAUUUAGCAAGAAGCCCAAAACAACGGAGGUGGCAGUGGGCGGCUCUGCGUCAUUCGAAGCCGAGACCGAGCGCGCGGGUCUUAAGCUGCGCUGGCAGAGGGACGGCAGUGACCUAGCGGCCAGUGACAAGUACGUGCUGACCUCUGAAGGCACCAGGCACACGCUGACCGUGUGCAAAGUGAGCCCCGAAGACCAGGGAGUGUAUGCUGUCAUUGCUGGCUCUUCCAAGGUCAAGUUUGAGCUGAAGGUCAAAGAAGCAGAAAAGCCUGAUCUUGUUCCAGCCCCCAAUGGAGCCCCUACCCCCCCUGAGGGACCCUUGCCCUCUGAACCUCCUGCCCCAGGUGAUGCUCCCACUACAGGGUCCGAAGGAUGCCUUCCAAACGGUGAAGCCAUCUCUGCAGCUGUUUCGGAGGAUCCCAUUGGGCUUUUUGUGACCCGGCCCCAGGAUGGUGAGGUGACUGUGGGGGACAGCAUCACCUUCUCAGCCCAAGUAGCCGGGGCCAGCCUCCUGAAGCCCCCCGUGGUCAAGUGGUUCAAGGGGAAGUGGAUGGACCUGAGUGGCAAAGUGGGGAAGAAUCUGCAACUACACGAUAGCUAUGACCGGGCCAGCAAGGUCUAUCUCUUCGAGCUGCACAUCUCCGAAGUCCAGGCGGCCUAUGCCGGUGGCUAUCGGUGCGAAGUUUCCACCAAGGAGAAGUUUGACAGCUGCAAUUUUAACCUCACAGUCCACGAGGCCAUCGGUCCAGCCGACCUUGACCUGCGCUCGGCAUUCCGUCGCCCGAGCCUGCCCGGCGGCGCCCGGAGGACCAGCGGAGACGGUCACGACGAAGGCGGGAGCCUGGAUUUCUCCUCCUUGCUGAAGAAGAGGGACCCGAAGCUGGAGGCCCCAGCAGAAGAGGACGUGUGGGAGAUCCUCCGAACAGCCCCUCCCUCAGAGUAUGAGCGAAUUGCCUUCCAGCAUGGGGUCACAGACCUCCGGGGCAUGCUAAAACGCCUCAAGGGCAUGAAGAAGGAAGAGAAGAAGAGUGAAGCGUUUCUGAAGAAGCUGGACCCCGCCUACCAGGUUAACAAAGGGCAGAAGAUCCGGCUGGUGGUUGAAUUGGCUAACCCUGACGCUGAGGUCAAAUGGCUGAAGAAUGGGCAGGAAAUUCAGAUGACCGGCAGGUACAUCUUUGAGUCUUCUGGAAACAAGCGCAUGCUGACCAUCAGCCAGUGCUCCCUGGCGGACGACGCUGCCUACCAGUGCGUGGUGAAUGGGGACAAGUGCAGCACGGAGCUCUUUGUCAAAGAGCCGCCCGUGCUGAUCACGAGGGCCCUGGAGGACCAGAUGGUCACGGCCGGACAGAGGGUAGAAUUUGAGUGCGAAGUGUCCGAGGAAGGAGCCCCAGUCAAAUGGUUGAAAGACGGAGUGGAGCUGACCCGAGAGGAGACCUUCAAAUACCGCUUCAAGAAGGACGGCCGGAAGCACCACCUGAUCAUCAACGAGGCGACGCUGGAGGACAGCGGCCACUACGCCGUGCGCACCAGCGGGGGCCAGGCCGUGGCGGAGCUCAUCGUGCAGGAGAAGACGCUGGAGGUGUACCAGAGCAUCGCCGACCUGACAGUGGGGGCUCGGGACCAGGCCGUGUUCAAGUGCGAGGUGUCCGACGAGAACGUGAAGGGCGUCUGGCUGAAGAACGGGCGCGAGCUGGUCCCCGACAGCCGCAUAAAGGUGUCCCACAUUGGCCGGGUCCACAAGCUGACCAUCGAUGACGUCACCCCGGCCGAUGAGGCUGACUACAGCUUUGUGCCCGAAGGCUUCGCCUGUAACCUCUCGGCCAAGCUGCACUUCAUGGAGGUCAAAAUCGACUUUGUUCCCCGGCAAGAGCCUCCCAAGAUCCACCUGGACUGCCCCGGACGCACGCCCGACACCAUCGUGGUGGUGGCUGGGAACAAGCUGCGCCUGGACGUGCCCAUUUCUGGGGACCCCGCGCCCACCGUCAUCUGGCAGAAGGCCGCCCAGGGAAGCAAAGGCCCGGGGGAGACCCCAGAGGCUCCCAGCCAAGCGGGGGACAGCCAGGAGUGGGUGUUUGAGAAGAAGCUACUCUGUGAGACCGAAGGUCGGGUGCGUGUGGAGACCCACAAGGACCGUAGCAUCUUCACGGUGGAGGGCGCCGAGAAGGAGGAUGAGGGCGUCUACACCGUGACGGUGAAGAAUCCCGUGGGUGAAGACCAGGUUAACAUCACUGUCAAGGUCAUCGACGUCCCCGACCCCCCUGCGGCCCCGAAGAUUAGCAAUGUCGGGGAGGACUCCUGCACCGUGCACUGGGAGCCCCCCGCCUACGACGGGGGACAGCCCAUCCUAGGCUACAUCCUGGAGCGGAAGAAGAAGAAGAGUUACCGGUGGAUGCGGCUGAACUUCGACCUGCUCCGGGAGCUGAGCCACGAGGCCCGGCGCAUGAUCGAGGGGGUGGUGUACGAGAUGCGCGUCUACGCGGUCAACGCCAUUGGCAUGUCGCGGCCCAGCCCCGCCUCCCGGCCCUUCAUGCCCGUAGGCCCUCCCAGCGAGCCCACCCACCUGGGCGUGGAGGACGUCUCCGACAGCACCGUCUCCCUCAAAUGGCGGCCCCCGGAGCGAGUCGGGGCAGGCGGGCUAGACGGCUACAGCGUGGAAUACUGCAGAGAGGGAUCCUCCGAGUGGGUAGCCGCCUCGCAGAGUCUGACGGAGCGCACCUCGCUGCUGGUGAAGGAGCUCCCCACGGGGGCCAGGCUGCUCUUCCGGGUGCGGGCGCACAACCUGGCCGGGCCCAGCGCCCCUGCCACCACCAAGGAGCCCAUCACCGUGCAGGAGAUUUUGGAGCGGCCCAGGCUCCGGCUGCCUCGGCACCUGCGCCAGACCGUGCAGAGAAAAGUGGGCGAGCCCGUGAACAUCCUCAUCCCCUUCCAGGGGAAGCCUCGGCCCCAGGUGACCUGGAGCAAGGAGGGGCAGCCGCUGACGGGGAGCGACGUGAGCAUCCGCAACAGCCCCACGGACACCAUCCUGUUCGUGCGCGCCGCCCGCAGGGACCACUCGGGCACCUACCAGGUGGCCGUGCGCAUCGAGAACAUGGAGGACCGGGCCCUGCUGCUCCUGCAGAUCGUCGACAAACCCAGCCCCCCCCAGGAGGUGCGAGUCACUGAAGCCUGGGGCUUCAACGUGGCCCUGGAGUGGAAACCUCCCCUGGACGACGGCAACACCGAGCUCUGGGGCUACACGGUGCAGAAGGCUGACAAGAAGACCAUGGAGUGGUUCACGGUCCUGGAGCAUUACCGGCGCACCCACUGCGUGGUCUCCGAGCUCAUCAUGGGCAACCACUACUACUUCAGGGUCUUCAGCCACAACAUGGUGGGCGCCAGCGAGAAAGCGGCCACCACCCAAGAGCCCGUCCUCAUCCCCAAGAUAGGGCUCACGUACCAGCCCCCCACGUACAAAGACCUGGACUUCUCCGAGGCUCCGAGCUUCACGCAGCCCCUGGUGAACCGCUCGGUGAUCGCGGGCUACGACGCGGUCCUCUGCUGCGCCGUCCGGGGCAGCCCUAAGCCCAAGAUCUCCUGGUUCAAGAACGGGCUGAAUCUGGGCGAGGACGCUCGUUUCCGGAUGUUCAGCAAGCAGGGGGUGCUGACCCUGGAGAUCCGGAAGCCCUGCCCCUUCGACGGGGGCGCUUACGUCUGCCGGGCCGUCAACGCGCAGGGGGAGGCCCAGUGCGAGUGCCGCCUGGAGUGCCUCAGUGACCAGGCCGGAGGGCGCAGAAAGGCCAGGUGCCACCGAGCCCCCGGCCCUGACCUUGGAGGAAACCAGUCUUUCUGCUGUGGUGUGUGUGUGUGUGCCCGCGAGCGUGCGCGCUGGGGGUGGGAGGGAGGGAAAGAACAGGGCAGAAACCCAGCCCCCUGCCUGGUGGCGAUGGGGGGGCGGGGCAAGUCCUCUGCCUGAGCCCGAGGAGAGUGCGGGUUCUGGCUGGCGCCCGCUGGCCCCGGCCAACUCCCCCUUUCUCCACCAUCCUGCCCCGGCCUGGCUUUGGAGAGGGAGAGGGAGAGAAGGCGGCUUGCUGGAAGCUUCCCCGUAGCUACUGGACUAAUAAAGGAUUUGUGCAGCCCA